AUGCCAGAAUCAUCAGCAGCCACAACUAAACCCAAUGAGAUUGGGACCGGGACGUCCGGUCUUCUCCAAGCCACACCGGGUGUUCUGGUGUCUGAACCACCACAGCCAUAUUUCCAGUCUUGGUUCAUUCCUGGUACCGGUUGUGAGGAUAUUGGGCAGCACCUCCCGUGCAUCUCCAACGGCGUUCCCCAAGCUUCCGAGAAAUACAUUGUGCGCUUCGAUCAGCCUGUCCCGGCCAGCCGGGGAUACCAGACUCCGCUUGCUUUGUUUCCUAAUCUGGAUCCCCUGGACUCGAAGUGGUUAAUGGACAGUCUGCUUUACUGUCACUGUUUCGAAUGA